AUGCCCGUCGACGACGUCGCAGAUUCGACCGAUUGGCUCUCGACGCCGCUCUCCCGGCUGGCCGCGGUCGAAUCGGCCCUGCGAUGCGAGGUUUGCAAAGACUUUUACCGGACGCCCAUGAUCACGUCCUGCGCGCACACGUUCUGCUCGAUAUGCAUCCGCCGGGCACUCUCCAACGACAGCAAGUGCCCGCUGUGCCGCGCCACGGACCAGGAGCUCAAGCUGCGGAGCAACUGGUCCAUGGAGCAGACCGUCGCCGCAUUCUCAGAAGCGAGAGAGGACGCACUCGCGUUUGCGCGCCGCGCCAGCGUCGAGAAGAAGCAGCCGACAAAACGGAGGGCCGACGACGACGGUGGGAAUGCACAGCCCGAGUCGCACUCCAAACGCCUACGGACCUCGGCCAGGCUGAGCGGCCGUGCCGAGGUGACACCACCUGCGCCGAGUAUGGAUGUAGUCGAGGAUUCAGAGGACGAGGAUUUCGAACCAGACAAUAACGACGGACUGGUGCCCUGUCCCAUGUGCCAACGGCGCAUGAAAGAAUGGCAAGUCUUUGCCCACCUCGAGUCGUGCCCCGGCCCCGACGCCAACACGAUCCCACGAAAACCCACGAGCAACGACGCCCCGCCGCCGCCGCCGACCGGCCAGAUGCAGCGCCGGCAGCAAACGACGCUCGAGCGGCUCCCAUCCCUCAGCUACUCCAUGUUCAAGGAGUCGGCGCUGCGCAAGAAACUCGCCGACAUGGGCAUCGCGCACCAGGGGCCGCGGCCGCUCCUGGAGCGGCGCCACCGGGAGUGGCUCACGAUCUGGAACGCCAACUGCGACGCCGCGCGCCCACGACGGCGCGUCGAGCUGCUGCGCGAUCUCGACGUGUGGGAGCGCACACAGGGCGGCAAGGGCCGGGCCGUGCCUGCGGCGGCAGCGGUCAUCAAGGACAAGGCGUUUGACGGCGCGGCGUGGGCGGCGGCCCACGAGGGCUCGUUUCAGGAGCUGAUUGCGGACGCGCGCCGGAGCAGGCGCGCGGCGCAGACCAAGACAGAGGAGGCCGGAGAGGCGGCGGAGGAGCAAGAGGCGGAGAACAAAGCCAGGCAGGGUGGGGAGAGCGCAGAUGAGCGGCAUCGGGAAGAGGUUCCCGCGUCACCAGUCCGCGACACGGCGGAUGCUGACAUGUCCACCGCAGACGAAGAGGAAGAAAAGCAGGCGGCGCCACCGUCCAGUCAAGCCAAUGCAGUCCUGCAAGAGCAGUAUUUAUAA